AUGGCGAAUAAAUCAAUCUAUGAUUUCUCGGCUGAGACCCUGGAUGGAGAGCUGGUUCCGCUGUCUUACUACAGGGGGAAGGUGUUGCUCAUCAUCAACGUUGCCACCUUUUGAGGGUCAACCAUAGAGGAGUACCACAGACUGAAUGCACUGAUGGAAAUGUUUGGAGAACACAACUUCACUAUCUUAGGAUUUCCCUGCAACCAAUUCGGCCUUCAGUCACCUGAGGUUAAUCAUGAAAUCCUUGAUAUACUUAAGUAUGUCAGACCUGGUGGAGGAUAUGUGCCGAAGUUCCCCAUCUUUAGUAAAGUCGAGGUGAAUGGACUGAAUGAAGAGCCACUUUUCGCCUUUCUAAAGGAAUCUCUCCAAUUUGUAAACCCAGUGAUAGGAGAUAUAGAGAAAUUCUACUGGUCUCCAAUCAAAGUCAAUGACAUUCGCUGGAAUUUUGAAAAGUUUUUAAUUUCUGCAGAUGGCUUGCCCUUCAAAAGGUAUGAACUUCACUGUCCCUUUGAGAUACUGGAGAACGACAUAGCAGAUCUGCUGUAA